GGAAAAGUACGCUUCUUUCUAGCCAUCAUGAGCCGCAGAGGCCAACUGUUUGUCUUUACUCACUACGACAAGCGCAGCAAGCGCGAGAUAGCCCUCGAACGCGAGUGGGUGAAGAAACAUUAUGGGGAAACGCUCCCUGUGCCUCCAGAGAUUGUGACCUUCAGGUCUGGCGAAGGCGGCCUGUUCAAAAGUCACUACAGCAAUCUGCGCGGAGUACUUUACUGGAAGUGGCGCGCUGCGCCUCCUGGCACGAUCAUCGAUCUCCCCGAGGACACCUAUACAACCAACCUGCUCUUCAACGAUAUCAUUCGUCGCGGCCCGGUGAGCCUUGACGACGAACCCAUCGAGGGCGUAUGCGCCUUAGCCGAAAUGAGCGCGAAGUACGAUCUGGAUUACAUUACGUUUCAUUGCCACCUUCACAUGGAUGCUCAUAAGGAAGAGUAUCCGCUGGAGAUUGCUGCGUACGCCCACAAGAAUGGCCACUCCAAACUGCUGGACCUUUUCGCGCCUUUCAUGAUUGCAAAGACACCGAACGAAGUACGCAACAAGUUCCCGCCGGUCCUGUUUACGGCCUGGACUGAGUACGUCAAUGCUUGGCGAGGCAUUAUCGAGGGACCAGGCUCGUGCAGCUACUCGAAGAACCAGGUCGUCAUCUCGGACUUCCCGAACGGCAACUUGUCGUUCGAUCACGACAAAGAUAGCUGUGAGGCCAUGGCGAGCAUCGAGUCCGCCAUUUAUCGCACCAUCGCGAAGCAUGGUGUCGCGCUCUUGCUCAAUCUAGAAGAGCUGAAGGAGGAGCUGGAGGAGAUCGCGGGCAGGUGCACACACGAGAAAAGGUCCGUUCUUGAAUCGAAAGUAGCGUGUGCAGCCAUGGUAGAAGCGUGGAUCUCACAAGUCGAGGAGAGAAAGUCAGCGGCCCCGUUUUCUGACUUUGUCAAUGCGGUCGAAGCGUCGCAGUGAUUCUUGGAUAUCUCAAAGUGUUUUUCUCCAUGUACUACCUGCUCAGAUUUGUUGGAAACUAUCUUGUACUACCACAUCGCGCCUGUUACUGUCUACUCAUGAAAUAAAGCUUUCUCGUUCUUGUUCCCUGCGCUACCGGAA